GAGAUCUCGGAACUCUAAUUGCCGCCCUGCGAUAAUCGCGCUGGCGUAUAAAAACACACCCACGCGAGUUCAUGAGGUGAAGUCGAGUAGGGAAGGGAUAGGGGCUCGUCUCUCUACCAUUCACUGCUCCAGCGAUGGUCCGUCGUGCAGUUUUCCUUCUCGAUCAGCGUAGAUAGCACUCCGCAAUCGCCUUCGCCGCGAAACCCACACCGCAAUGUCUCGACGGAGAGGAGGCAGCGCCCGGUCUGCGGCUUCUUGGCUACUUUUCUGGCUCUUCUGGUGCGGCUGCUGCGUGGAGGGUCGCUCGAGCGGUCCCGGUGAAUGCCCCGCGCGGCCCUACCGUCCCCCGGAGCUGUCUCUCCGCGAUAGAGGCGGGCUGUCGUCCCUGGUCGCGAGCGCCGAGUCGACUCGGAGUGUCGUGGUUGGCGGUAAUCUGCCGUAUGAAUUCAUCUCGACUAGAGCCAGAGAGGCGUAUAAUGGAAGUAGGCCGCUGACCCCGUCGGUGUUUGUUGCAGAAUGGACAAGACACACUCAAAACGCUCUCUUUGUUGGAGGAUUCGUUCUGUUUGUGGGAGUCCUCUUCCCCGCGGCGGCCAUGGCUCUGUGGACAUUCUGGGAGUGUUGCUACGAGGACGACGAGGAGGAGGAGCAGGAAAACAGGAACCUGACCCUGCAGUCACAGGUGGUGGUAUGGAGUCUGGCCGGGGCCCUGAUAGUGGCACUCAUUGUCCUCCUGGUAAUGGUGGGGAUAUUACUAGGGGCCAACUCGUGGAUCACCCGGGGAGUAACACAGGGAGGUGCCAUCGUGGAGAGAACCAUCCCUCAGUUGGUCGAGUUGAGGGACUCGGCAUUACAGAAUCUUGACGAACUCUUGAUUGAGGGAUACGACAACCUCACCCUCGACCUACAGACCUCCAGACUUGAUGAAAUUCCUCACGAAGUCUCCAAUACUGUUUCUGCCCGUCACUCAACUACUGCCGACAUUCUCUCUCAAUCAGUAAGACUGGCUUCUCUAUACACUUUUAACCCCUUUGGGUUCUACCGCACAUUUUUUUGUUGAUUUUUGGUUCCGACAGAUCUCUGCGUUUUUUUCCGAGAGACCACGCCUCCUGUACAAUCUCACCGUCUCCGUGACGACGGCCCUCUCACUCCUCCACGACCUCACGUCGUCACUAAACAACUCCCUCGUCUCCCUUCGCGACAACUGCUCUCUACUGACGAAUGAAGACGGAAAUUCCUCCCUCUCCCUCCUCUCUACACCCUGCAAUGAUUUCACCUUUGACCCUUCCUCACUCGUACCGGACUCUCGUAGCUGGAACGAGGUGGGCGGAGUCUCGGAGGACGGGAGGUCGUUCCUGAGUCAACUGGAGUCAUUGUUGAGUCGUGACGCUCUCCCACAGACUGACAGAAUACCUCUUCCGCCAGACCUGCUGCUAGAAUAUCUGAAUGAAAUGACGCAGGACCUGUCGUCACAGGUCAACUCCACCACUGAGACCUACUUCUCCUCUCUGGGGGGCAACUUGUCCCAGUUCACGGAGGAGGUGGCCAUCUUCUACAACUCCUCUCUCACUCUCCACUCGCAGCCUCAAAUGGAGCUCUACCUUGGUCCAAGACACCUUGGCAACUGGGAGUGGUUCCGCUCAGCUCUGACGGUCACGUUUGCUGUCCUCAUCUUUGCCGGCUCACUCCCCCUCCUCGCGGCCCUCGGUCGCGGUCUCUACUUCGUGUCCGCUAUCUACCGCUACUCGGACAGUGCAACGUAUGACCACGGAGCUCACCAGUCUGGCAUGGUCAUCAAGAAGAUUGCCUUCAGCCUGUGUGUAAUCUCUAUCAUCUCCGCGUCGUUUACGGGCGUGUGCCUUUCAUUAGCCGGGGUGAUGGGAAAGGCAUGCGGUAACCAUAACAACUUCAGCGAGCUGCUUGAGAAUAUCGUUGACAACCCUCGGACGUGGACCAAUAAGGACACCUCGUUCUAUCCCCUCGCCGCCGUCAUGCUAAACCUCUCCCACUACCCCCUGCGCGUCUCCGACACCCUGACCGCCUGUCGCUCCAACGCGUCCCUGUUCCGUGCCUUCCACCUGGAACAGAGGUAUGACCUGGAGGACCGCAUCUGGCUCAGCCCCACCAAGAAAAGGCAGUACAGGCAGGAAAUGCAGGAUAUCCACUGAUACUAGCAGCUGCAAACCUAUCGUCUGUUGAGGCGGCGGUAGCCAUGGCAACACCGAACUUAGCGACAAACAUCCCGGUCGACUGGGCUGAGGUGUCUGUCUCCCUCUCUUCCUCCUCCUCUGCCCAUCUUCUGACACAGUUAGCCCAACUACGGAGAACUGUGGGAGACAUUAUGAGCGCGGCGGUGUCAGUGAAUGGGUCGGAGGUGGCGGCUGGUGUGUAUGGGGCAGCUGAUGAGGCUCUGGGGGAUCUUGAUCAUCUGGUGACAAGACUAGAGUCAUCCAGUCUCUCUGCUACUGCCGACACGGCCUCUCAGCUAAACAUAACUCUGGUUGAGACCAGCCGUCUCUCUUCCUCCCUCUCCCUCUCCCUCUCGCGGCUCUCUGCCAAUGUCUCACUUACCACCAGAACCAAGGCCAACCAGCUAGUGACCCAAGCCAGUGAGAUGAUCAACAACCAGUUGGAGCUGUACCUGAACUCCUGUAUAUCGGCCAUCACUUGCGACAUCGGCAACUGCCGCACCCUCGCUGCGGACUACGACAGUUUCUCCCGUGCCAUGUGCGGGGAGGUGGUCCCGGGAAUGGACCUCUACUGGAGCGUUCUUCUCAUAACCCUCACCCUCUCCGUCUUCCUCAUGUACCUCUGUCUCUUCGUUGCGUGGCGCCUCGUAAACCCCGAGAUGUGGAAAUCCAACGGAAGAAACCCGAAGUUUUAUCUCAACGUUGCCGUGGUGAGGCAGGGCUGUGCGACGCUCUGGCAGCUGGCAAGCCUCUCUGUCUACCUCUGGUGGAUCGUGUACCUGAGUCGAAACGAUUUCGUCAGACAAGAAUAUUGCUCUGGUUGCUGUAGAAACUGCAUCUGGGGCUUCGGAGCUUUGUUUCUCAUCCUUUCGGCUCUAGUGGGCGGAGCUUCAAGAGGCUAUCAAUAUUUCACCGUCUACAUGAUCAAAAAGUGCAAGGCAAUGAAGUACAAAAGGUUUUGGAUCGACAGAAAGAAGGCAGUCAACUUCUAUGCUGAGCUAACACUAGUCUUUCUUCAGGACCUCCCGUUCCUCAUCCUGGUGGCCCUCUCCUCCUCUGAACUUGGUUUCCUGAGUGUCCCUGCCUUCUACAGCCUCUCCGUGUCCCUCCUCUCCAUCCUCACUCACCUCAUCUUCCUCCUCAGACAGAGAAACAACGUCCCCGCCUACUGGGCGUGGCUGAAACUGGAACUAAACAAGUUUGGUCUCAUGAAGAGAACGUACACGCCGAAUCAAGACCCACCUCCCAGUUCCAAUGGGGGUGUGGCCGGCCUCACAAGAAGGGGCGGGGCAUCGGUUGGCAACGGGCACAUUAACUCUGUUCGUUCUCCGUAUGAGAGCAGCGGGUCGGAUCACUCUGAGAACAGCUCCCAGGGCACCUUCCAGGAACACGGGUUUGAGUUCCACCCACCCCGACUCUCGGACAUUCCGGAGUACCCCGAGGGAGGGUUGGACUCCGUCGGUCUCGGUUCCAGACUGGGGGGUGGUAUGGGUCUGGGACUGCCGAGGAUCCCUAUGCUGGAGCCUCACAUUAACGAUGAUGAGAGUGAGAUGAGUGAGCAAAACAGUCAGUUUCAGAGCAGAGUUCGACUGGAUCGAGACAUAGAACUAGACAGCGAGGCCUACCUUCAGCGACGCAGGGACGCCAUUGACAACUUCGAGAGGGGCGGAGUCGAGGUGGCCCCUGCUCAUUAUCGCCAUCGGGACAUGGAUGCGUCGACUAUCAGUGACAGCUACUACUGUGGUAGUAGGAACAGCAUUGAGCUCCAGGGAUACGUUUCCAGCUCUCAUGUACCCGAUUAUGAAUCCUCCGACUGCAGGGACGAGGACGGAGAUAGUGUGUACUCUCAGGCCAGGUACCAACUGCCCGUACCAUCAUUCAUGGGAGAGGUGACUGUGGAUGUCUAACAUCAUCCCCCGCCUCAACAAAUCACUUCACUGGAUUAGCUGCAAUUUCCCAAACAUGAAAUUGGCUCACUUCUUCCCCUGAACCAUCUUCGACCUGUGCGAUAUAUACAACCCCCAACACCUGGUGCUCUGCUCCAGGAGUCCUACCAACGAACAGACUGACAGAUCGAUGACUCAAAACCACGACAACAUUAUGUAUUAUUUUAUUCCUCGACCAAUCUCACUCACAGCCUCUCUCAAUCAUUCAUAUUUUCUCUCAAUCGUUCACCGUCUCUUUUUUCUAUCUGAUUUUGUGUAUAUUAUACUCUUUUACUUCUUCCAUGACGUGUGUCUAUUAACCUUGCUAUAUAUUUUUUAAAUGCAAGAUCAUUAUGAGGACAA